GUUUUGUCUGCCUGUGAAAAGGCAGUUGGGUUGUGUUUCUCAGACCAUUGGCCAUGUGUCUGUGGUGAUCUGUAUUCCUUUGUUUGGAGAACUGGAAAGAUCAGGUUUGAAGACAUCUUUAACGAAUAUGGAAUGGCCAUAUAAGGAUUAUUGUUUCUCUCUGAGAUAUUCAAACAAAUCAUUGUAUUCACCAUCAAGUUUCUCAUCGAUAACACAGAGACAGAAUCUUGUCUGUUUCCUCAGAAACCCACACUAUGGCAGCCUUAUUUAUGCUGAUGGUCAUGGUGAAGUGUGGACAGACUGGACUAACAUGUCCAAGUUUUUUCAGUACGGAUGGAGAUGCAACACUAAUGAGAACUCCUAUUCAAACCGUACUCUGAUAGGCAACUGGAACCAAGAAAGAUAUGACCUAAAGAAUAUCGUAAAACCUAAACCCUUGCCUUCCCAGUUUGGACACUACUUUGAAGCAACAUAUGAUGCAAGCUACAACAGCAAAAAGCCACAAUCAGCCCACAGAUUUAAGCGAGAGCCUCAUUGGUUCCCUGGACAUCAGCCUGAGCUGGAUCCUCCUCAAUACAAAUGCACAGAAAAGUCAACUUUUAUGAAUAGCUACUCAAAGCCUCUACCCACUCAUUACUCUUGGUGUGUAUAUGAUCCAAACAUGGCCCAAUUUUAGGAUCCAGGAAUCUAAGUGAGAAAAAGUAGCAUCACUUUUUUCUGAAGUAGACUGUAGAAAGGAACACAAAACAUGAUUUCUGUCUAAAUAAAGCACAGGACACCAAAAGACAAACAAACAAACAAAAUCUCUAUUUCUAUUUACGCUAACUGUCCUGGUGAGUUUUUAUCAACUUAACACAAACAUAGACAGACAUAUCUGAGAAGAGGGAAUUUUAAUUGAGAAAUUACCUCCAUCCAGUUGACCUGUAGGCAAGCCUGUAAUAAGUGCAUUUUCUUGAUUAAUGAUUGAUAUAGGAGGGCCUAUCCCACAGGGGGCAGUGCCACUGCUGGGCUGGUGGUCCUGAAUGCUAGAAAGCAGGCUGAGCAAGCCAAGGAGAGCAAGCCAGUAAGCAGUACACCUCCAUGACCUCUGCAUCAUUUCCUGCCUCCAAUGUUCUGUCUUGAGUUUCCUACCCUGACUUUCCUGGAUGAUAGAUUUAAAAGGUAUAAACUGAAACAAAUUCUUUCCUUUCCAAA